AGGGGGCUCUCUGUGCUCCUGCUCCUCGGAAGCCGCUUCUCUCUUCGCAGCGCCAGCCUCUGGAGACACCAUGGUGAAGGUCGGCGUGAAUGGAUUUGGCCGCAUCGGACGCCUGGUCACCCGGGCCGCAUUUGACUCUGGCAAAGUGGAAAUCGUUGCCAUCAACGACCCCUUCAUCGACCUCAACUACAUGGUCUACAUGUUCCAGUAUGACUCCACUCAUGGCAAAUUCAAGGGCAGUGUCAAGGCGGAGAACGGGAAGCUUGUCAUCAAUGGAAAGCCCAUCUCCAUCUUCCAGGAGAGAGACCCCGCCAACAUCAAGUGGGGUGAUGCUGGUGCCGAGUACGUCGUGGAGUCUACUGGGGUCUUCACAACCAUGGAGAAGGCUGGGGCUCACCUGAAGGGUGGUGCCAAGCGGGUGAUCAUCUCUGCUCCAUCCGCCGAUGCCCCCAUGUUUGUGAUGGGUGUGAACCAUGAGAAGUACGACAACUCCCUCAAGAUUGUCAGCAACGCUUCCUGCACCACCAACUGCCUGGCUCCACUGGCCAAGGUCAUCCAUGACAACUUUGGCAUCGUUGAGGGACUCAUGACCACAGUCCAUGCCAUCACCGCCACCCAGAAGACCGUGGACGGCCCCUCUGGGAAGAUGUGGCGUGACGGCCGAGGAGCUGCCCAGAACAUCAUCCCUGCCUCCACCGGCGCCGUCAAGGCUGUGGGCAAGGUCAUCCCUGAGCUUAAUGGGAAGCUUACUGGCAUGGCCUUCCGUGUGCCCACCCCCAACGUGUCUGUGGUGGAUCUGACCUGCCGCCUGGAGAAAGCGGCCAAGUAUGACGAAAUCAAGAAGGUGGUGAAGCAGGCUUCUGAUGGUCCCCUCAAGGGCAUCCUAGGCUACACCGAGGACCAGGUCGUCUCCUGUGACUUCAAUAGUGACACCCACUCCUCCACCUUUGACGCCGGUGCGGGCAUUGCCCUCAACGACCACUUUGUCAAGCUCAUCUCCUGGUAUGACAAUGAGUUUGGCUACAGCAACCGUGUGGUGGACCUGAUGGCCUACAUGGCCUCAAAGGAGUGAGCCCUCUGGAUGGAUCUGCCACCCCAGGGGAGGGAAAGCAGCCCUUGCUUGGGGGGGGGUCCUUCCCCAAUCAUCUAACACCAAGGAUCUCCUGGCUUCCAGAUUCCAUCCCAGACCCUCUGAAGGAGGGGAGGGGCUCAGAGAGUCCUGUAUUGUCACCUAACAUCAAUAAAGUGCACCAUACCCUGCCAAAAAAAAAAAAAAAGAAAA